AUUUAGGCUCAUUGUAAACAAUGCUGUAAAAUUGUGAUGCUUUCAAUAUGACAUGAAAAUAGUUUUUAUUUAUUGAUUAACAAAGUGAAAUACAUAACUGAUUUCUCUAUUUUCAAAAUGAGUGUUUGAAAAUGAAGAUUAUGAUUCCCUCCAAUGACACUCCAAGGUUGCCGCCAUGAGUACCCGUCAGGCUAUUUUACCUGCUAUGACGCAUUCAGCCAUUCUAAAUCAUUAUCUGCUGACCUAAGAAACAAGUUCAUAACUGUUCCUAGCUGGGCCUACUGUAUGCAGGCACAGGGUUACGGAUCAUUUUGAGUAAAUUAAUUGAGUGUUCCUGUAUUUAUCUGGAUAUUGGCCAUGACUUAUCACCACAUAAUUCACCUGCAUGAUUGAGUCAUGUGGACAGGAUGCAAGUGCAGGUAGAAUGUAUUCCACAGAGCCAGCAGGGUACAAACUCACCUUGGGAGAAGUAGGCAAAACACAGAUCUAAACUCUAGAACAGAGAAAUCAACUUCACAGUAGCAUAACCGCAGCACAUAAUCCAACAGUGCGACCCACACACUGGCGUAACCCCAGCACAUAAUCCAACAGUGCGACCCACACACUGGCGUAACCACAGCACAUAAUCCGACCCACACACUGGCGUAACCACAGCACAUAAUCCGACCCACACACUGGCGUAACCACAGCACAUAAUCCAACCCACACACUGGCGUAACCACAGCACAUAAUCCAACCCACACACUGGCGUUACCACAGCACAUAAUCCAACAGUGCGACCCACACACUGGCGUAAACACAGCACAUAAUCCAACAGUGCGACCCACACACUGGCGUAAACACAGUGACCAUUCCAAUGACUUUACAGUAGGAGACUCUUCUACUGGACAGUAAGAUUAUGACUCUUUGAUUCAUGCUGUGUGUGUUUGUGUGUGAUUACCAGACAGUAGUAGUGAGAGGAAUGUUUUCAUGAUGGAAGUUCUCCUCUUCUUCUCUUGGAUGGGGCGAUCUAGCUCUAACAGGAGGUCACACUCCCCUACACCCACCUGUGUGUCCAUGAAGAGUGACCAGUCCAUGGGUCGACCACUCAACUUUACAGGAGGAGUCUCUCCUAAUGGACAGAUGGGGCGAUCUAGCUCUAACAGGAGGUCACACUCCCCUACACCCACCUGUGUGUCCAUGAAGAGUGACCAGUCCAUGGGUCGACCACUCAACUUUACAGGAGGAGAUUCUCCUAAUGGACAGACGGGGCGAUCUAGCUCCUACAGGAGGUCACACUCCCCUACACCCACCUGUGUGUCCAUGAAGAGUGACCAGUCCAUGGGUCGACCACUCAACUUUACAGGAGGAGUCUCUCCUAAUGGACAGACGGGGGGAUCUAGCUCUUACAGGUCACACUCCCCUACACCCACCUGUAUGUCCAUGAAGAGUGACCAGUCCAUGGGUCGACCACUCAACUUUACAGGAGGAGAUUCUCCUAAUGGACAGACGGUGGGAUCUAGCUCUUACAGGAGGUCACACUCCCCUACACCUACCUGUGUGUCCAUGAAGAGUGACCAGUCCAUGGGUCGACCACUCAACUUUACAGGAGGAGUCUCUCCUACUGGACAGAUGGGGGGAUCUAGCUCUAACAGGAGGUCAUACUCCCCUACACCCACCUGUGUGUCAAUGAAGAGUGACCAGUCCAUGGGUCGACCACUCAACUUUACAGGAGGAGUCUCUCGUACUGGACAGAUGGAGCGAUCUAGCUCUAACAGGAGGUCACACUCCCCUACACCCACCUGUGUUUCCAUGAAGAGUGACCAGUCCAUGGGUCGACCACUCAACUUUACAGGAGAUUCUCCUAAUGGACAGUCAAAUUCACCCGUCUCUGCCAGUGAGUUUAUGGUGCCUCCAUCUGACGUCAGAAGACUGGGAGACUCUCCUGCUCGACAUUGCCAACUUGGUCCAAAACAUUUACAAAUGCUUCAGAUCCACAAGUCUCAUCUGCAGAAGAUGUUUCAGCAUCUGAUUGAGGGCGUACCAAAUCAGGGAGAUGCCAGACUCCUCCAUGAGAUCUACACAGAGCUCUACAUCACACCGGGGGGAAGAGGAGAGGUCAAUGAUGAUCAUGAGGUCAGACAGAUAGAGAGAGCAUCCUGGAGAGAAGCAGCACCAGACACACCAAUCAAAUGCAGUGACAUCUUUAAACCCUUAAUUGAAGAUUGGGACAGUUACUUUACAGAGAGGGGAAGAGGAUGGUCAUCAAUGGUCAAUGAUGAACUUAAACCCUCACGCAGACAACCCAAACCCAUCCGAACAGUGCUGACAAAGGGAGUGGCUGGUGUUGGAAAAACAGUCUCUGUGCAGAAGUUCAUUCUGGACUGGGCUGAAGAAAAAGCCAAUCAAGAUGUCCACUUCAUAUUUCCUCUCUCCUUCCGAGCGCUGAACCUGAUGAUAAUGAAAAAACUCAGUCUGGUGGAGCUUAUUCAGAUGUUUUUCCCAGGAAUUAAAGAUACAAGGAUCUUCACAGGUUCAGAGCACAGAAUCAUUUUCAUCUUUGAUGGUCUGGAUGAGUGUCGACUUCCUCUACAUUUCUGCUUCAACCCAAGAUGUUGUGAUGUGACAGAGCCUGCCUCAGUGGACGUGCUGCUGACAAACCUCUUCAAGGGUAAUCUGCUUCCCUCUGCUCACCUCUGGAUCACCACCCGACCAGCAGCAGCCAAUCAGAUCCCACAUGAGUGUGUGGACCGGGUGACAGAAAUAAGGGGAUUCAACGACCCACAGAAAGAGGAAUACUUCAGCAAGAGAAUCAGUGAUGAGAACCUGGCCAGCAGAAUCAUCACACACCUGAAGUCAUCCAGGAGCCUCUACAUCAUGUGCCACAUUCCAGUCUUCUGCUGGAUUUCAGCCACUGUUGUAGAGAGAACUUCCGAUGAAUCAGGGAAAGUAGAAAUGCCAAGGACUUUGACUCAAAUGUACACACACUUCCUGAUCAUUCAGACAAGCACCAAAAAAGAAAAGUACACAGAGAGAAAAGAGACAGACGAAGAGAUGAUUUUCAAACUGGGAAAACUGGCUUUCCAACAGCUGGACAAGGGCAAUCUGAUCUUCUAUGAGGAAGAUGUGAGAGAGUGUGGCAUUGAUGUCACAGAAGCAUCAGUGUACUCAGGAGUGUGUACUCAGAUCUUCAGAGAGCAGUCUGGGCUGUACCAGGGGAAGGUGUUCAGCUUUGUGCAUCAGAGCAUUCAGGAGUUUCUUGCAGCUUUAUAUGUGUUCCUGUGCUUCAGCAACAGAGAGAGAAACAUGCCUGACCAACAGCAAACCUCUCUGCUCUCUGGUCUGUUCAGAGCUGCAACACUUCAUGAUCUACACAAGACUGCAGUGGAUCUGGCCUUACAGAGUAUGCCUGACCAACAGCAAACCUCUCAGCUCUCUGAUCUCUUCAGAGCUGCAACACUUCAUGACCUACACAAGACUGCAGUGGACCUGGCCUUACAGAGUAGGAACGGACAUCUGGACCUUUUCGUCCGCUUCCUUCUGGGCCUCUCACUGGAGUCCAAUCAGAAUCUCUUAAGACACCUGCUGCCACAGACAAGAAGCCAAUCACAGAGCAUUGAGCAAACAGUCCACUGUGUUAAACAGAAGAUCAGACACCAGAAUUCGUCAGACAGAAGAAUCAACCUGUUCUACUGUCUGAAUGAGCUGAAUCACCAUGCUGGAGUGGAGGACAUUGACUGGAGCUCAGGAACUCUGUCUGUAGAAAUGCUCUUACCAGGAAGGUGGGACACCAAAAAGUUGAAGUUUAAGAUUUCCGAAGAGCAGCUGGAUGAGUUUGACUUUCAGAAAUACAUGAAGACACCAGAGGAAGAUCUGACUGAACUCCUCAGCCCAGAUGAUGUUCUUCAGAAGCUGCUGCCAGUGGUCACAUUAGCUCUGCUGGUGGAUUGUUCCCUCACAGAGAAGAGCUGUGCUGCUUUAGCAUCAGCUGCCAGAUCAACCUCCUGCAGUUUGAAGCAGCUGGACCUGAGUUACAAUAAGAUUCAAGAUGCAGGAGUUCAGCAUCUCUCAGCGCUCCUCAAUAAUCCCCACUCCAAACUGGAGGAACUAGUGCUGUUGGAUUGUUACCUCACAGAGAAGAGCUGUGCUGCUUUAGAAUCAGCUGCCAGAUCAACCUCCUGCAGUUUGAAGCAGCUGGACCUCAGAGGCAAUAAGAUUCAUGAUGCAGGAGUUCAGCAUCUCUCAGACCUCCUCAAGAAUCCCCACUGCAAACUGGAGGAACUAGUGUGA